AUGUCAUAUACGGAUCUAAGCGAGGGCGUCGUGUCCGAUGAAGAAGGUGUAGAGACAUUUCUCGCACACCUUCCCUCUAAUACACCCAUUUACUGUUACAACCGGCAGUGUGUUUUGGAAAGCCUCUUCCCUCCGUGGUCGGUCGAGGAUCGUUUCGUCGUCUUGAAACACUUCCCGGCAGACAUACUAGCCAAAAAUGAGGAACAAUUGCCCGGACGCUGCGAUUAUUCGCCUUCACUACAGAUUCUCAUCAUCACAAUGCCUAGUCAGCCACACGAAGAAGCGGCGUCUAGUUUUGAGGUGAUGUUUAUGAUGCUUGCACGAGAGAUGAAAGUCUACAGACGGAUUGCCGCAUGGAGUUCGACUCGUGUGGAUACCCCCGAUCGAAAUAAGCAGGCAGACCGAUCCUGGGGACCAACCCACCUCGGAAGAAGAUUUCCAACGGUAGCAUUGGAGGUUGGCUUUUCAGAGACGACUGCAAAGCUGGAAAAGGACAUUGCUUGGUGGAUUAACGGAUCAAAUGGCCAAGUGAGACUAGGGAUCACUAUUGACAUCCGGCGGAAGUCUCACGACAUUGAAAUUAAAUCUUGGAUUCCAUCAUUCGACCGAUCACGACAGCAUGUCUACGUUACAGCAGGUGGCCGCAAGGUUGUUGACAGACAUAUCAACGAUCCCCCACCGCCUCGAAUGAACCAGAAAAUUUACCUGAGGAGAGGGAAAGAUGGCUCGAGCCCUUCGAUUGAAGGAAUUGCCUUAACUAUACCAUUCCGUGCACUGCUGUUGGAUGACCCUGGAGAAGGCGAGGGUGAUUUCGUGUUUACAGCGGACAUGCUGUUGCAUGACUUAGCAGAACGAAUCUGGUCUGCGAUUGACAACGUCGAAAGCAUCAAGGCCAAGAAGAGUCAUACGUCGUGA